AUGGCGGGUGUCACGUCGGAACGGGACCGCGCCGAAAAAGAAAAAACUAAGACGAAUGAAUCGUCGAAACGUUCCUCUAAGAAGUCAAUUGAGAAAAAGGUUACUAAUGAAGAAAGUGGAAGCUCUGUUUUGUUGGAAAAUAAUGAGGAACGAGUUGUUACUGGAGGUAACAUUGCGACUUCAUCUGUCGUUACACCAGGAAUGACAGAGGUAAUGAAUUUAUUGAAGUCUAUUAAAGAAAAUCAAGAUAACCAAGACCGGAAGAUUGAGAAAAUGAAUAACAGAGUUAACGAUAUCUAUUAUGGUGAUAUUAAUGAGUUGGAAGAAGAAGAGUUGUUGAUGACUCCAAUAAACCAGUUGUCUGAUGUUGAGGGUGAUAGGGAUUCAGGUGAACCCCCUUGUAAAAAACGUAAGGAGGACGGUGAAACGUCAAGAUUUAAACAACUGGGCGUAAAGUAUAAAGUUAAGGAAGACUGUGAUGAAAAUGUAGACGAGGAGUUGGCCUCGAUGAUAAACGAACUGUUCAGAGAGGGGCUAAAUGAUGACUACUUUAAUGAACUGUUGAAAAGUAUUAAAAGGCCAGAAAAUUGUACAGCUUUGAUUAAAACAAGAGUAAACCAAGCUUUGUGGAGUAUUUUAAAUCCAGAAACACGAAGUUGUGAUGCCAAAUUUCAGAUAAUUCAAUCGGCAGUGAUAAAAGCCUCGGUAAACUUAACAAAAUUAGCAAAUAAACUGAAUGAAAUGGAUUCCGAGGUCAUUGAAGGAUUACAGAGCUUGGUAACUUUGUCUACAGAUGCUUUAGCCCUUCUGGGACACACGAACAAGCUGAUUAAUGUUAAGCGCAAGGAACUUCAUAGACCUGAUUUAGGUAGGGAGUACUACCAUCUUAGUUCACCAUCUCUGCCCUUCUCAGAAUUUCUAUAUGGAGAUGAUGUUGCCAAAUCUGUGAAAGAAAUUCAAGAUGUGAAUAGAAUAAGUAGUAAAGUACAUGGAAAAUUUCACAGAGGAAAUUUUCGAGCAGGGGCAUUCUUUAGGGCACGGGGACGUCCCUAUGGUCGAGGAGCAUUAGGAAGACCACGGAACCAAAGAUCUACUAGUAGUUGGGGUCGAUGGUCAAACAGCUCUACCUCUAAAGAGAGCUCAAAAAACUUGAAAGGGGAGCACAGCUCCAACAAAUAGAU